GUCAGGAAGAAAGAGCUGCUGUGUUGAGGCCGAGUUUCCAGACACAAGCUGGAGCAGGGCGACAGCAAAGUGCCCCUGUGGAGACCCUAUCCACUCACACUGCACACUCGCGGGGCUUUUUUAAGCAGCUGAGCGGCAGCGGAGAACCGACACAGUCUCUGGAGCUCCUGCUGCUGAGGCCGCCGCGGACCCGUUACUCUCCCCCAGGCUGCGUGUCGCGGUGCCCGCUGCUGUUGCUGCUGGUCGCAGUAUAAUACUGAGCCGCCGCUAUUAUCGACACGGAGUGGUGAAGAAGGCAGCCGUGUAGCGACGCAACAACAGGCAUAAAAGAGACCGAAGUGCUCCAUUAGGCCGGAGGGACCACGUCAACGGCCCGGGUUGCUGCUGCUUCUACCGGCAGCCGGUGCUUAUAAGUGCGGAGGCUGAUAAACAAGCAGACAGCGCUUCAACUACAGUGAACAAGUGAGCGACUGAGCUCCGGCUCGUUUUAAUGCGCAAGAGGAGCUGUUAUGACCGAGCCAGAGACACCGUGCUCCGUGUAAAGGGAACCAGCACCUCAUGAGAGCGGAUUUAUUUGACUGAAAGCAGCGGUUUUUCAAGCCUGUCUCGCGGCAUCAGUGCCAUGAAUCAGCCUGGACAACAGCUGCUGCCCACAUAGAGGUCACUUCGCCUCUCUUUCUGUUCGCGUCAGUCCGGAGGAUGCUGGUAAUGUGUCGCGGGCGCAGGAAGUUCCUGGUGGCCUCCCUUGCGCUGGUCUUCAUCCCAACACUCACUUGGCUGUACCUGUCAGUUGGUAGCUUUCAAGUGAAGCCCCUCCCCCUGUCUCCACUGGAAGUCCAGCCCUCAACGGUGGUGGGCGGAGCAGGUGAGCGGCAGGCCUUGGAGCUGCGGGUGCGCGCCGUCGAGGAGGAGAACCGGGCUCUGCGCCGGGAGCUCAGCCAGCCGCCCAGGAGCCCGCCGGCACGCCUCCCGUACGGCGGUCAUCGUGGCAACCAAAGCCGAGCCCAUUCGGAGGAGGGCACUGGUGAUAAUGAGGUCCAGAAAGCAGCUGCGGGGGGAAACGGCUCAGACUGUGUGCAGCAGCCAGUUGUGGAUAAAUGCGAGACCAUCCACGUGGCCAUCGUAUGUGCAGGUUACAACGCAAGUCGAGACGUGGUGACACUGGUGAAAUCCGUCCUUUUCCACAGGCGGAACCCGCUACAUUUCCAUUUCAUCACAGACUCCAUAGCUCAGCAGAUCCUGUCCUCUCUGUUCCACACCUGGAUGGUUCCUGCCGUCAGGGUUGAUUUUUACGACGCAGAUGAGCUGAAGAGUGAGGUGUCAUGGAUCCCAAACAAACAUUACUCCGGGAUCUACGGUCUGAUGAAGCUGGUGCUCACCAAGACUCUGCCAUCUGAUCUGCAGAGAGUCAUUGUUCUGGACACAGAUAUUACCUUCGCCACGGACAUCGCUGAGCUGUGGGCCGUCUUCCACAAGUUUAAAGGUCAGCAGGUCCUGGGUCUGGUGGAGAACCAGAGUGACUGGUACCUUGGGAACCUCUGGAAGAACCAUCGACCCUGGCCAGCUCUGGGCAGAGGCUUCAACACUGGGGUGAUUUUGCUUCUCCUGGAUCGGCUUCGGAAGCUCAGAUGGGAGCAGAUGUGGAGGUUGACGGCGGAGAGGGAACUAAUGAGCAUGCUGUCCACCUCACUUGCAGACCAGGACAUCUUCAAUGCCGUGAUCAAACAGAACCCUUUCCUGGUUCACCAGCUGCCAUGCUUCUGGAACGUCCAGCUGUCCGAUCACACGCGCUCGGAGAAGUGCUACAAAGAUGUGUCAGACCUGAAGGUGAUCCACUGGAACUCUCCCAAGAAGCUGCGAGUGAAGAACAAGCAUGUCGAGUUCUUCCGCAACCUCUACCUAACCUUUCUGGAGUAUGACGGCAACCUGCUACGGCGAGAGCUGUUCGGCUGUCCCAGCGAGGCCGACCACAACAGUGAGAACCUCCAGAAGACUCUGUCAGAGCUGGACGAAGACGACCCCUGCUACGAGUUUCGCCGAGAGCGAUUCACCGUCCACAGGACUCACCUCUACUUCCUCCACUACGAGUAUGAACCCAGCUCCGACAACACCGAUGUCACUCUGGUCGCCCAGCUCUCCAUGGAUAGACUCCAGAUGUUGGAGGCCAUCUGUAAACACUGGGAGGGCCCCAUCAGUCUGGCUCUGUACCUGUCUGAUGCCGAGGCCCAGCAGUUCCUGCGCUACGCUCAGGGCUCUGAGGUGCUGAUGAGCCGCGGGAAUGUUGGCUAUCACAUCGUCUACAAAGAGGGACAGUUCUAUCCGGUCAACCUGCUGCGUAAUGUGGCCAUGCGGCAGGUCAACACGCCCUAUAUGUUCCUGUCAGACAUCGACUUCUUACCGAUGUAUGGCCUCUAUGAGUAUCUCAGGAAGUCAGUGGUGCAGCUCGACAUGGCCAACACAAAGAAAGCUCUGGUGGUUCCAGCCUUUGAGACGCUGCGAUAUCGCCUGUCCUACCCAAAAUCUAAGGCUGAGCUGCUCUCUCAGCUUGACAUGGGUACACUCUUCACCUUCAGGUAUCAUGUGUGGACCAAAGGCCACGCACCCACUAACUUUGCCAAAUGGCGGACUGCAACUACGCCCUACAGGGUGCAGUGGGAGGCAGACUUUGAGCCCUACGUGAUGGUGAGGAGGGACAGUCCCGAGUACGACCGCCGCUUUGUAGGCUUCGGCUGGAACAAGGUGGCUCACAUCAUGGAGUUGGAUGCACAGGAGUACGAGUUUGUGGUCCUGCCCAACGCCUACAUGAUCCACAUGCCACACGCGCCCAGCUUCGACAUCACCAAAUUCCGCUCCAACAAGCAGUACCGCGUCUGCCUCAAGACACUGAAGGAGGAGUUCCAGCAGAACAUGUCGCGGCGCUACGGCUUCGCCGCGCUCAAGUACAUGACGGCCGAGAACAACAGCUAGCCACCACUACAGACCCUCAUCUCCCCCCCCCAUGUGGCACGGUGCUGAACUGCUGAAGACACGCCACGGUGCAGGGGGCGGAUUGGGGGUUGUGGGGGUAGUUGGGGUUUGAUGGGGAAUGUGAGGAUGUGAACGGACCCUCAGUGUGGGACUGAAAGGAUCAGCUGGGUCCUGGACACACUGACACUGAGUGUGAGACAACAAGCAAAGGAAAGGAGACUUUUAAUGCCUUGACUUAUUUGUAAGAGCAGUGACAAUUGUUGUGGGCCACGUGUUACAUUGUGUGUGUGUGUGUGUGUGUGCGUGUGUGUGUGUCUUCCGGGUGGUGUGCUUGGCUAACAGCCUGAAGAAAGAGAGAGAAAGCGAGAAAGAGAGAGAGAGAGAGCCAAGGACGCAAGGCGUUUGUGAGAUUAACAUUCAGUUUGCACGCCGCACAGACAGAGAAACGCCUUCCAAGUGCCACAAAGUAAGAAAGCGCCGCUGCAGUCUGACUGACAGCGAGCUGCCGACUCAAAUGCAAAGCUGCGAGAUAAGACAAAACCCCAGUAAACACAUCCAAGUCCCCCCCCCCACCCACCCCAUUUGAAAACCUCUGCGACGACUGUGGCGUUCACUCGGAUAUUAAGCAGAGCAGCCGCUCGUCGCCGACCAUCUGCUGUCGCCUCAUUUGUGUCGUAGCUGAUACAGAACAGAAAGAAAUCCUCCUCCUUUUGUAACAAGAGAAGCUGAGCGUGAGGGCGGCUGGAGGUUUUCCAGGCCGGUUGAUAUUCAGGGUGUUUCCUCGUUAGCCUGAGCGUGAGGCUAGUGAGCGUUUUGUCAUGAUUAACAGAGUCUGACAGCAGCUGAUGCAGUGGGCCUCACACACACACACACACACACACACACACACACACACACACACACAUAUGCUGUAUGUCAGUUUGUGCAGCUACCACCUCAUCACUGAGCUCACUGUUUACCUUUCUCUCCAGUGAUGAGAACCAUUCAACGGUGUGUUUGCAGUCGUCCAGUGUGAAGCAGAGACUCUCAGUGUCAGGAGGAAAUGAGUGGGGACAGGAAAUCCACAGGAGACCCACUGUCACUCCAUCUCUCCCUCUCUCUCUCCCUCUCUCUCUGUCUGUUUCUUUUUUCCCACCGGCCUCUGGUUUGAUGCUGUCAUGACACACGCGACAGUGUCAAAAUAACAUGACACUAAAAGUGAGAAAAAGUCUGGAAUGUAAGUGUGAGAACAUUACAGUAAACCGAGGAAUGUCACUGUUAUUAUCGGCGUGUUUUUCACAGGUGACUUGUUUUUCAUUUCGGAAACAACAUAUCAGAACUUGAAGUGUUUUCAUCCGACAGGUAUUUCAUAAAAAAAUAUAAUAAAAACUUCAAAAAAAAAAAAAGUGAUACAUUGGGCUGGAAAUUAAAAGUCCAGCUAAGAUGGACAGGAUACAUGCAGCCUGUCCCUUAGAAAAUAUUCAGAUAUUCCCGACACACACACACACAAAUUUGACAAAAAAAAAAGAUUAUUACUGUUACUGAUGAGUCAUCAUUGCUCUGCCCACCUGCUCUGCAGAUUUCUUCAUCACUUUUAUCACCUAUGGUUUAGAACCAUAGCUCGGGUUUCAGCUGGAUUCUAUUAUUUUCACAACAAAACGUCAUCACGUCACCGGCUUGUCGCAGCUCCCUCUGCUGGAUCACGCGGUAGUUACUUCAGACAGUCUGACGAGCUUCACGGCAGAAUGUUUGUAAUCAAAUAUAAGAUUUUGGAUUUGGAAUUUCAACCCUGAUGUUCAAACACGUUCCUGACGUUUGGAUAAAAAGUGACAGCCCUAGUGAAGAGUGAGUGAGAUUGUGGUGGCAGUUGUUGUGGUUUUUUUUCCACUUUCAUCCACAGGAAACCGAAUCGUUAAGAGGCUCCUGAGAGAAAACAGAGGAGGAUACAGAAGGAGGCGGUGGCGCUAACUAGCAUGUUAGCGCCCCCACCAGUCAAUCAAAUAUAAAGUGGCUACAGUAAGAAAGUGUGUGGAGAUAUGAUAAGACGGUACAACCACACACAUGAUUGCUUUUUAAUUAAACACAGAUUUACGCUACAUCACCACUGCUUUCUAACACACACACACACACUGUUGUCACAGUCGAGGCUUCUCUCCCUCUCCUCCUCUUUCCCCCCCUCUCUCUCUCUCCCUCUGUAAAGGAAGGCUGCAGAAGUGCUCAGUCGCAGUCACACAGAUGAGUGUUUAAAACAAAUACACUGGUUUUUUCCGAUUGUAAAUGUCUGUUCAGUUUUGCAAGUGUGUGUGCGUGUGUGUGUGCGUGUGUGUGUGUGCGCGCGUGUGUGUCAGUGCUGACUGAUGCUGCUACCUGAAUUAAAAAGCAAACACUACUGUUAA